CGGUGCCGCUGCCGCAGCGUCAGAAGGGGGCCCUUCCGGUGGACAGAAAUGCCCAUCUCGGGGUUUUUGGCCGCUGGAAAGAUGCCGCAGCUCAAAUAGCGGGCUGGUCAAAGGCGGAUUACCAAGGUUGUCGUUGCCGACUCGGAACUUCAACGAUCCAUUCAGAGUCAUAUCUCACUCAACUUCAACUCGUAAUCUCAACUAGACUCUUGAAUACAAUAAUUUUAUCUUCACUAUCCAUCUUAGACCACAUCAAAGACCAUAAACAUAAAUCGAACAUAUAAAACAUUCAUCUCUUCAGGUACACACCCACAACUCACAUCAGAGGGAUAACCGCUUACCCUGUCUACCAGAGUCAACCAUGUCGUACACGGCCCCUCCACAACGCAUCACCUUUGAUGGCUUCCUCUUCGACAUGGACGGCACCAUCAUCGACUCAACAGAGGCCGUCGUGAAGCACUGGCACACCGUCGGCAACGAAAUAGGAGUCGCGCCCGAAGUCAUCCUCGAGACCUCGCACGGCCGUCGUAGCAUCGACAUCUUGAAGAUUCUCGCCCCUGAAAAAGCAAAUUGGGAGUACACGCGUGAGAUGGAAGGCCGCCUCCCGAAACUCUACGGGGGAGACGCCGUCGAGAUCCCUGGGGCAAGGGCACUCCUCGACGCCCUCAUCGCGAAGUCGGCUCCCUGGGCCAUCGUCACCUCGGGGACGGAACCCCUUGUGGGCGGGUGGCUCGACGCGCUCAAGCUGCCGCAGCCUCAACACCUCGUCACCGCCGAGUCCGUCGAGAACGGUAAGCCGGACCCGACCUGCUACCGCAUCGGCCGCGCGAAGCUCGGCCUGGAAGACGCGUCCAAGCAGGUGCUCGUUCUCGAGGACAGCCCCGCCGGCAUCAGAGCCGGUAAGGAGGCUGGGUGUAAGGUGCUGGGCCUCGUCACGAGCCACACCGUUGAGCAGGUCGUGGACGCGGAACCCGAUUGGAUCGUCAGAGACCUCGAUUCUGUCAAGGUCGUGGAGAGUCGCGACGGUGUCGUCACGCUGGAGUUUACGGACGCCCUCGUUUCGAAGCCUUAGUGUAGUUGUCUACAGCUGACUGACUACUCUGGCGUGAGGAAUGGAGGCUCUGCUAAUGAAUCGAUAGAGCAAGAAUAGACUUGGCCUGUAUAGACUUUAGUAUGAC